AAGAGAUUAUUACCUUUAUAAAAGGGGAGUGUUGGAAACCUUUUCUCUCAGGGCAAAACAUCAAACCUAUUUGUUCUCAACACCUACCUAAGAGUAACCAAUAAUAACAUUGUUUCUAUUCUUAGUAUCCUUAACAACUUAAGCAAAUAUAUACAAUACACCAUGUUGGUGGAAAUUGCAAUUGCUUUAUUGGUGAUUGCUCUUUUUAUACACUUACGUCCAACACCUACUGCAAAAUCAAAGGCACUUCGCCAUCUUCCAAAUCCACCAAGCCCUAAACCACGUCUUCCUUUCAUUGGUCAUCUUCAUCUUUUGGAUAACCCACUUCUUCACCACACUCUUAUCAAGUUAGGAAAGCGUUAUGGACCUUUGUACACUCUUUACUUUGGUUCCAUGCCUACCGUUGUUGCAUCCACUCCUGACUUGUUUAAACUUUUCCUUCAAACCCAUGAAGCUACUUCCUUUAACACAAGAUUCCAAACCUCUGCUAUUAGUCGUCUUACCUAUGAUAAUUCUGUUGCUAUGGUUCCAUUUGCACCUUAUUGGAAGUUUAUUAGAAAGCUUAUCAUGAACGACUUGCUCAACGCCACCACUGUUAACAAAUUGAGGCCAUUGAGGAGCCGAGAAAUCCUUAAGGUUCUUAAGGUCAUGGCUAAUAGUGCUGAAACUCAACAGCCACUUGAUGUCACUGAGGAGCUUCUCAAGUGGACAAACAGCACAAUCUCUACCAUGAUGUUGGGUGAGGCCGAAGAGGUUAGAGAUAUUGCUCGUGAUGUUCUUAAGAUCUUUGGAGAAUAUAGUGUUACAAACUUUAUUUGGCCUUUGAACAAGUUUAAGUUUGGAAACUAUGAUAAGAGAACUGAGGAGAUUUUCAAUAAGUAUGAUCCUAUCAUUGAAAAGGUUAUCAAGAAACGACAAGAGAUUGUGAACAAAAGAAAAAAUGGAGAAAUCGUAGAGGGCGAGCAGAAUGUUGUUUUUCUUGACACUUUGCUUGAAUUUGCACAAGAUGAGACCAUGGAGAUCAAAAUUACAAAGGAACAAAUCAAGGGUCUUGUUGUGGAUUUCUUCUCUGCAGGGACAGAUUCCACAGCUGUGGCAACAGAAUGGACUUUGGCAGAGCUCAUCAACAAUCCAAGAGUAUGGAAGAAAGCACAAGAAGAGAUUGACUCUGUUGUGGGAAAAGAUAGACUAGUUGACGAAUCAGAUGUUCAGAAUCUUCCAUACAUUCGCGCCAUGGUGAAGGAGGUAUUCCGUUUGCACCCACCACUACCCGUGGUGAAGAGAAAAUGCACCGAAGAGUGUGAGAUCAAUGGUUAUGUGAUCCCGGAGGGAGCUUUGAUACUUUUCAAUGUAUGGCAAGUGGGAAGAGACCCAAAAUAUUGGGAAAAACCAUUGGAAUUUCGUCCAGAGAGGUUCUUAGAAAAUGCAAGCCAAGGUGAAGGUGAAGCAGCUUCAAUUGAUCUUAGGGGUCAACAUUUCACACUUCUACCAUUUGGGUCUGGAAGAAGGAUGUGUCCUGGAGUCAAUUUGGCAACAGCAGGAAUGGCAACACUACUUUCAUCAAUUAUUCAGUGUUUUGAUCUACAAGUACCAGGCCCACAUGGACAAAUAUUGAAAGGUGAUGAUGUUAAGGUUAGCAUGGAUGAGAGACCUGGUCUUACGGUUCCAAGAGCACAUAAUCUCAUGUGUGUUCCACUUGCAAGAGCUGGUGUUGCUGCUAAACUCCUUUCCUGAUAAAACAUACACGUACAACACAAAUGGUCCAUGAGUGAUGUUUCAUAUUGUAUUGACCUUUCUUCAAUAAGAUAUCAUUGAGAUUCAGUGAAUCACAUGGAUACAUACUACAUACUACGAUAGUACGUAUGAUGUAAUUUUCUUCUUUUUCUGUUUUCCUUUUUCCACAAAACAAGUGUUGUAAGAGCGUACAAAUCUAUAAUUUGUAUCAACGUAUCCAUUAAUACCAAUACUGUACUCUUGGUUUAUCUUUCCAAA